GGUCGUGGUGCGUUUUUCUUCCUUUCGUCGCCUCGUUCACGGAGAAAUCCGUAAUUUUGUCGCAAAAAAAACCCAAGAAUCCGAUUUAUCAUUUCCAUUUUUCUCGUGCAAUCAUCCGCGAGGUUGUCGAUCCAUCAUGGGUAUCCUGGAGAAAAUCUCCGAUAUCGAGAAGGAAAUCGCCAAAACCCAAAAGAAUAAAGCCACCGAGUACCAUUUGGGGUUGCUGAAGGCGAAGCUCGCCAAGUACCGGUCGCAACUGCUAGAACCCUCGAAGAAGGGCGAAAAGGGUGAAGGUUUCGAUGUGCUGAAAUCGGGUGACGCUCGAAUUGCGCUCAUCGGGUUCCCUUCGGUCGGUAAGUCCACGCUGCUGUCGACGCUGACCAAAACGGAAUCCGAAGCGGCCAACUACGAGUUUACGACGCUGACCUGUAUUCCGGGUGUAAUUGACUACAAGGGAGCGAAUAUUCAGCUACUGGAUCUACCGGGAAUCAUUGAGGGUGCCGCCCAGGGUAAGGGCCGUGGACGGCAGGUUAUUGCCGUGGCUCGGACGGCAGAUCUGGUACUGAUGAUGUUGGAUGCUACGAAGCCGAACGUGCACCGGGAGCUGCUGGAGUACGAGUUGGAAUCGGUGGGGCUGAGAUUGAACAAGCGGAAACCUAAUAUCUACUUCAAGAUCAAGAAGGGUGGUGGCGUGAGCUUCAAUUCGACCUGUCCGCUGACGAGGUGCAACGAGAAGAUGGUACAGACGAUUUUGCACUCGUUUAAGAUUUUCAACGCGGAGGUGCUGUUCAGGGAGGAUUGCAACGAAGAUGAGUUCAUCGACGUGGUUUCGGGCAAUCGGAUCUACUUGCCGUGCAUCUACGUUUACAACAAGAUUGAUCAGAUUUCGAUCGAGGAGGUGGAUCGGCUGGCGCGGCAGGACUUCAGCGUGGUGGUCAGUUGUAAUAUGCAUCUGAAUUUGGACUACCUGCUGGAGGUACUUUGGGAACAUCUGAUGCUGAUUAGAGUGUACACGAAGAAGCCCGGUGCGCCUCCGGAUUUCGACGAUGGAUUGAUUCUGAGAAGGGGCGUCUCAGUAGAGCAUGUGUGCCACGCGAUCCAUCGAACACUGGCGGAUCAGUUCAAGUACGCGUUGGUUUGGGGUACUUCCACGAAAUAUUCUCCACAGCGAGUCGGAAUUUCGCACAUCAUGCAAGACGAAGACGUUAUUCAGGUUGUUAAAAAGUAAGCCGCUUGGAUCGCCGUACGAACAGGUAGGUUUGCUUGGAACUUUUUUAUGCAGCGUCUUCAUACGCAUCAUCCUCUUAUACCAACUGAAUUUGCGAUUGCUUGGGAAACGAGCUCAUCGAGGAUUGAAAAUAGUUAGAAAGUCGAUCAACGCCCCAUGAAGAGAAGUGGUUAAUCAUUUAUUAUUACAAUAUAACUAUUACGUAACGCAACGAA